AUGGAGGUGACCACCGUGUCCCCAUCUCCUGCCUCACCCACUGAAGGGGAUGAUCUGUGUGAGACAGAUGUCACUGAUGUGGCCAUACACAGUGUGACCCUGCUCAUCUGCCUCUCUGGGCUGGCUAUGAAUGGGGCUGUCAUCGGCCUCCUCAGCCUGAGAAGCAGGAACUCUGACUUCUUUGACCUGGCUGUCAUGGACUUCCUCUUCCUCCUCUUUGCGGUCCCAUCUGCCCUCCUCAUCCUGGUGGAGGAUGUGUCCUGCUCUCAUAUCUUGCCCCUGCUGUACCUGAAUUUCCUUUUCCAGCUGUCAGUGGUGUCCCCCUACUGGGGGCUGUUGUGGUUGAUAGGUGGCCGUAAUUUGCAGUGUGUGUACAAGCUCUGCUGGCUCUGCUGCCACUGGGAGCUUCCUGAGCGCCUGUUGUGGGUGCUGGGCACUGUCCAAUACUGGGCCUUCUUUGCUGUCUUCACUGUCAUUCCCAUGGUGACAUUCCUGUGUCCAUCACAGCAGCAGGAGCACUGCCGGGCAGUUUUCAUCUCCAUGUACACCCUCAUCCUGCUCCUCUUUGCUGCACCUGUGGCCAUUUCUCACACAGUCGAUUUCAUCAAGUCCAAGCAGGGCUGCCAGCAGCAGCAACCAAUGAGGCGCGACAUCGUGAUCGUCAUCAUUGCGCUCUUCACUCUCCUCCUCAACCUCUUCAAUUUCCUGCAGCAGCUCGGUUACAUCACUGUGUCCUCACAAGUUGUUUUCGUGCUCACCUGCAUCCACAGCAGCAUCAAACCCUUCAUCUACUUCUUGGCAGGGAGGCACUGGAGGCCCUGCUCCGUGCAGUCCCUCCAGCUCUCCCUGCAGAGGGUCUUUGAGGAGCCGAAAGUAAGAACAGCCCGCAGAAAUUAUCCUGCCAUGGACACGGGGGUCUGA